AUGUCGAAGUCCAUCGUCCGUUCCAUCAAGAACGUCACGAACGGAUACACCUCGGCCCAGGUGAAGGUCCGAAAUGCCACAUCCAACGACGCUUGGGGUCCGUCCACGUUUGACCUUGAGGAAAUCGCCAGACUCACCCACUCCAACCAGGAGCUUUUCGAGGUGAUGGACAUGAUCGAUCGACGACUCAACGACAAGGGCAAAAACUGGCGCCAUGUCAUCAAGGCCCUCAAUCUGCUGGACUACUGUAUCCACUGUGGCUCGGAGAACGUUGUUCUGUGGUGCAAGGACAACCUGUACGUGGUUAAGACCCUGCGGGAGUUCCAUUACAUCGAUGAGAACGGCCGAGACCAGGGUGCCAGCAUCCGUUCCCGAGCAAAAGAAAUCACCUCAUUGCUGCUGGACGAUGAGCGACUACGAAACGAGCGGGCCAAUCGGUCCUCCUGGAAGAAGGGACGACGGGCUCAGGGAGACGACUACGGCUCUGACGAGGAGAGUGGAAUUGUCUCUUCUCGAACCAGAACCGCCGACGACCGACGAGACGACCGACGAGACGACCGACGAGAUUCUCGACGAGAUUCUCGACGACCCUCCAGACGAGGAUCCACGCCAGACGAUGACCUAGCCCGUGCGCUUGCCGAGUCGCAGCGAACGGCCGACGAGGAGGCCCGAAUGCGACAGAACGGAGGAGCCGAGGACGAGGCUCUGAGAAAGGCCAUUGCUCUGUCGGAGGAGGAGCAGAAGAAUCGAGAUCUCGGUGGCGGAAUGGCCCAGGGAACCGCACAGCCCAUCAACCUCAUCGACACAGACAGCUUUCCCACUCAGUUCCAGCCACAGCAGCAGCAGCAGCAGAUGCAGCCCACUGGCUAUGAUCUGUUUGGCAACGCCAUCUACGGCCAGCAGCAGCCCACCAUGAACACUGGAGUGCUCCAGAACGCAUACGCCACUGGAGGCAUGUUCGACCAGCAGCCCAACCAGUUCCAGCAGCAGCAGCAGCAGUUCCAGCCUCAGCAGCAGCAGUACACCGGAUUCCAACCCCAGCAGCAGCCCCAGCAACAGCAGUACACUGGUUUCCAGCAGCAAAACGACUUCUCUCAGUCCUUCCAGCAGCAGCAGCAGCAGCAGCCUGCUGAGCCCCUCCAGCCUCUCAAAACUGGCUCUAACAACCCCUUUGCAAAGCAUGAUUCUACAAACGGCUCUUCUUCCACUGGUCCCUCCCUCAACUUCAUGGCUUCUAACAACAUGACCACCCAGGCACAUCCCAACCACCAACAGCAGCAGCAGCAGCAGCAGCAGCAACAGCAACCGGCACCCAAGCAGCGUGCGCAGGUCACUGGCGGUGCUCAUCCCGAACUCAACAACCUGCUCAUGACCGGAGACGGAGUCGACACCUUUGGAAACACUGGCGAGACCCGAAUCCCCGCACAGCACACCCGAGACACGUUCAUGAACGCUCGUCUGCAGCCCCAGGCCACAGCCAACAACAACCCGUUUGUGGGCCAGCAGUACACCGGUAUCCCCAGCACUCAGAUCCAGCCUGCAGUGACCGGCUACGGUUUUGGCAACGCGCCACAGCAGACCGGCAUGCAGCAGAGCAACGGACAGCAGCAGUACGGACAGCAGCAGUACGGACAGCAGCAGAACCAGCAGCAGUAUGGUCAACAGCAGUAUGGCCAGUUUGGACAGCAGCAGCCUCAGCAGCAACAGUACGGCGGAGGAGCACCCCAGCAAUCGCUGAUAGAUUUGUAA